CUCAAUUCAUUGAGCCUCCACUCAGCACUGGGCGGACCCAAUUGGAAGGGCUGCUUCAGAUUAUCCGGUGCUCAUAUGUACACGCUUGUUGGUGAACAAACUCUAGCCUAUCUGUGAUUUUCUUGGACCGCCUUACCUUUGACCUAGAGUAAUACGGUAACCGUUCGCACCGUGACCGCCUUCAAUUUCUGGAUCCGAGCUCAGUACUUACCUUCUCAUUUGACAAUAACUUGAUUCUUCUAGGCUGCCCAGGACCUUGUUUACAUGAGGAACCAUGAGCACGUCGUGCUCGAUUCAAUGUCCAAUGUGCCGGUGAGCUCGAAAUCAAACUCAUUCGGACGAUAUUAAGUCAUGUGCCCUCAUGAUGGGUGGGGUCGAGCUUGCGAUGCCUUAUCAGAUACCGAUAUCAUUAUGCGCUGAAUACAUCAUAGAACUGCGGAAUUAUAAGGACCUUGCACUAGUCAUCCUCUCAUCCUCCCUGACAGUAACAGAUGGCUGUUCUCGACAUCAACCAAGUCCGUGCUUGCUUCCCGUCCCUGAAAUCAGGCUACAUCUACGCCGAGAAUGCAGGAGGAUCGCAGACUGCCCAGGCAGUGAUCGACCGGAUCGUGGAUUAUCUAACCAACACCAACGUACAGCUAGGAGCUGGCUAUUCCGUUGGAUUACUGAGCUCCCAGCGCGUGGCUGACGGUUCCAUUGCCGCUGCAGAGUUGUUCAAUGCUGCAUCUCUCGAUGAGGUUGGGUUUGGACCGAGCUCGACGAUGAUCUUUGAGAACAUCGCUAGAGCGCUCGACAAUGAUAUCCAACCUGGAGAUGAAUUCAUCAUCACCUAUGAACAUGAAGCUAACAAUGGUCCUUGGAAGUAUCUGGCUGCGCGGCGCAAUGUCGUGGUCAAAUACUGGAAACCUACGCCAGUAUCUGCGGACAAUCCUUACUCGGUCGCAUACAAGGUCGAAGAACUUUUGCCGCUGGUGUCUUCACGCACCAGGCUGGCUGCGAUCAGCGCAUGCUCCAACAUUUUAGGAUCCUUGAUUCCUGUGGAAGAAGCAGUGAAGGCUCUUCGCCAACGGGCACGAGAGCAGGGAGCAAAAAAAGUCGAAGUACAAAUGGACGUACAAAAGUGGGAUAUUGAUUAUUGCGCGUUCUCUUUAUACAAGAUGUACGGGACUCAUAAUGCUGCUUUCUACGUGCGGUCGGCGGCUAUGCAGACAUCUCUGACGUCCAUCGCACAUCAUUUCCUGACGGGGGAUGACAAGCCCCACAAGUUGCAACCAGGCGGUCCAGGCUACGAGUUGGUGUAUGGUGCAACGGGAGUCCAUCCUUCAACGCGAAUCGCAAACCAUGAGCAGGAACUUUUGGCGCCCUUGCUCCUCUUUUUGACGGACGCAAAACAAUUUGACAGGGGUGUUCGCAUUGUUGGGACAAGCGAGAUUGAUCUCUCAAGAGUUCCUACUAUCAGCUUUAGCAAGGAUGUCGCAGGAGCAUUUGACAAAAAGGGAGGGAUCGGAAUUCGACAUGGUCACUGUUACGCGUAUUCUCUCAUUGAUAAUCUACACCCCAAACUGGACGUGAAUGACGGGGUCGUCCGCAUCUCACUUGUUCAUUAUAAUACCGUUGAGGAAGUGGAGAAGAUCGUGGACGUCCUGCGAGAAGUUCUGGCUUGAGGAAAUGAUGUAAAUUCGUGUGAAGAUGUAUGUGGCAUCCGAAAUGUAUUUUCCUAACACUAUGCAUAAGUAUUACUCUCGAGAUUUAUUUUACCUUCGGCUGGCGGGCCUACUGAGUAUGCCGAGCCGCUAUAACACUGAUUGGUCGUGUCAAGUCUUUGACAAGUCGACGAGAAGUAAUAAACUCCGUCUCAGACUCGGAGAA